AUGGCUAGAGGAAAGCAUGCCCAACGAUUGGAAUCUCAGCGUCCUUUGUCCUGUGCUGAAGAAAGGCGACCCGACGAUAUGCACCAACUACCGGGAAUUAGCCUGAUUGCCAUCUCAUAUAAGGUCCUAUCGAGCGUAAUAUGUGAACGACUGAAGCCGUAUACCAGCACACUGAUCGGACCUUAUCAGUGCGGCUUCAGACCUGGCAAAUCCACCAUAGACCAGAUCUUCACAUUGCGCCAAAUCCUGGAGAAAACCCACGAAAAUGGAAUUGACACACAUCAUCUCUUUGUCGAUUACAAAGCUGCAUUCGAUAGUCCGACACGAGAACGCCUAUAUGCCACCAUGUCUGAGUUCGGUAUUCCUGCAAAGCUGAUACGUCUUUGCAGGAUGACAUUGAGCAGCACCAUCAGCUCUGUCAAGGAAAACCACGAGCUGUACGAGUUGUACGACGACGUACGUGGUCCGGCGCAAUACAACGUCUGCGCUGGCUCGGAAUAA